CCGGGCGCGGAGCAUGCGCGGAAUCGCCGGUGGCGCACCCGCAUGACGUCAGGCCUGCGACGGGCGGGAGCUGCUAGGGCUGUACUAGCUGCCCGGUGCCCCCACCCGACAUGACGAAGCUGGCGCAGUGGCUGUGCGGCCUGGCCCUGCUGGGCACCGCUUGGGCUGCCCUAGCUUGGGCCCCGCUGGGCCCACACCUGCCCGAGCCUUUGCACCAGGUGCUGUGGCCCUUCCCCGCAUACUUGCUGGUGGCAUUCGGCUGCUACUCCCUGGCGACUGUGGGCUACCGCGUGGCCACGUUCAAUGACUGCGAGGCUGCGGCCAGGGAGCUCCAGCAGCAGAUCCGAGAGGCUAGAGCGGACCUGAGCCAGUACGGGCUGCAGUUCUGACCCCGGCGUGGAGUGGGGCCCAUCCGCAAUGAUGCACCUGGGACCUCCUGACGAGCACAAUAAAGCAUUGGUGACUGAG